AUGGUAACUGGUGGAACCUUUAUAACUGGAAGAUGUAGAAAAUACAAAUAUUUAGAACAAGAGUUAUACAAAUUAUACAUUAGUCAAUGUAAUAAUAUUAAAGAAUUAUCAUGGAGAACCUCACAACCUAUAUUAGUUAUCAUUCCCAGGAGCUUCAACAUAAGACCUACUUGUAAAGAAUUAAGCGAAGCAUUAGAAAGAAAAGGAAAUACGAUUAAUAAACUUAAUUUACGCUCAGUUAGAAUUAUUCCGCCUUCAUUCUUAACAUCACUAACUAAUCUAAAAAAAAUAACAAUUUAUAGUAUUUAUGAUAGUGAUGAAGAUACUAAAGAAGAAUUUCAAAAUUAUCUUGCAAUUUCAGAAUUUCAAAUUCUUUGUCUUAAUAGAUUAUCAUGUUUUAAAAGAAUCUGCAACUUUAGAAUGUUGAUUAAAACAAUAUCUAAUAAUAAUUGUCCAAAUAUUGAACAAUUAUCAACAUAUCUUGUACCUGAAGAUUUCGAUUAUGUUAAAUCAUUGUUAUUAAAUUGUAAAAAUCUAAUAUAUUUAGGAUUAAAUAGUUUAGAUUAUUUUACGGAUAUGAAUGAUGAAAAUGAUAUAAUAUAG